AUGAAAAAAAAUCGACGCAGCAUUGAAUUCAUGUAAACAUUUUUAACUGUGAUUUCUAAGUCGGUCGAGAUUUCAUCGCAACGCACUCAAUAUUUGCGCACUUUCCUGCUAUCUUCCUGAUGUGAUAUGAAAUGAAUUGAGAUGGGUUUUUGGCCAGUCAGUGAGUCAGUGUGUUUUGUGCCGAACAGGAUGGGUAACGUGGACGUUUGCGCCGUAUGUGGCAUCCCGGCGGACGGUCAACGGUGCUCCGGAUGUCAGCAGGUGUCCUACUGCGGCAAGGAUCACCAGCGACAGCACUGGAAACAGCUUCAUCGGAAGGAAUGUCGGUGCUACAAGGUAACCCACAACUCAACCCUCGGUCGUCACCUGGUGGCAACCCGGUCAAUCCGCAGCGGUGAGGUUAUUUUCCGCGAACCGCCAAUCAUGGUGGGCCCCAAAACGGCCAGCGUGCCGGUCUGUUUGGGCUGCCACCGCAAUUUGGACGCCACGAAGCAGUUCAACAACUGCCAGCACUGCGGCUGGCCCAUGUGCGGUUCGAGCUGCGAAACGAGCAGGUACCAUCGGGAAGAGUGCCAGCUACUGGCCGCCAAGAACUACCUGCCGCAAAUUGGUUUCGAUGAGUGCAAUCCCGGCAAAAAGUACUCCGCGUACUGCACGAUAGUUCCACUGCGGGCCAUUUUGCUCAAACGAACGGAUCCGCAACUGUGGGCAAAAGUGGUUUCGAUGGAAUCCCACCUUGAAACGCGCAAAAACACGCCCCUGUACGCCGCAAUCCGGUCCAAUGUGGUGCCGUUUGUCCGCGUGGUGCUAGGCCUUCGGACGGAAGCUAGUGAAGAGGAAUUGAUGGGAGUCGCUGGGAUUUUCGAUACCAAUAGUUUUGAAAUAAGAAUUCCGGGGAAAUCCAUCAAGAUACGUGCCUUGUACGAACUGGGCGCUCUGAUGAAUCACUGCUGCCAACCGAAUACCAGGCAUUACUUUGAUGAGGAGUUCAAUCUGGUGAUGAUUGCGGCCGUGGACAUUCCGAAGGACGAAAUGAUUUCUAUUUCGUACGCCCAACCCCUGCAGGCCACCAUCCAGCGUCGAUUCACUAUCAAACAGGCAAAAUGCUUCGAGUGUGGUUGCCAUCGAUGCUCGGAUCCAACUGAGUUCCGCACCUACGCCGGUUCCAUCGUCUGUCCGCAGUGCAGCAAAUCCAUGGUGGUGGCCGUCAACCCCCUUGAUUUCCGAUCCGACUGGAGGUGUGAGGACAAAAAGUGCUCCUACCGUGAGUCCGCCCAGCAGUACAUCACCCGGAACGAGGCAUUUCGUGCAGAAAUAGGCCAACUAUCCAGCGGCGCCGGUCCAGACGGCUACGAAUGCCUUCUUGGCAGGUUUCAAUCAACGGACGUGCUUCAUCCCUGGAAUACCAAUGUGCUGCAGGUGAAGUACGCACUCACCCAGCUGUACGGGGGAGGUGGACCAGGUGGAAUCAAUCUUAAAGAUCUUUCCGAGAAGCAACUGCGACGAAAGGUGGAACUCUGCGUGGAUCUGCUUGAGGUGGCAAAUCAAUUAGAACCAGGAAUGAGUCCGUUUCGUACGAAACUACUACAGGACUUACGUGCUGCUCUCGAGGCGAUGAAGAGCAUUUCUGGAAACUCGUUCGACAGCGCACCAGCCAUCGUGGUUCAACAUCCGGGCGCUUCUUGGAAAACACAAAAACUCAACGUCUCCGGAGCAAUUGCUAAUAAACAUGCAACGACUCAACCUACAUCACUCGAAACCAUGAGCCAACAGCUGGAACGCGUCGAGGGUGAACUUUCCAGAAUGAUGGAGUCUGAUCCAACCCUUCGGAAGCCUUCCAAGGAUGCCACCUAGGACAAAGGAGGCACGCAUGCGAAUGUUUUAAUUGGAAUCGAGAAACUUUGUGUGUGUGUGUGUGGGAUUGUAUUGUUUAGUUUUGCUCACGGAAUAAAAGCUCCGGGAUUCCAAGCUUAUACAACCGGUUCGGUUCUGAGUUCAAAGUUCGAAUUUGU